GGAGUUUGAAUUUCUCGGUUUUUCAAACGAAGAGCAAUUCAGAAUCCUCUGUUUUCCUUCGGUAGUCAAUGGCAGAGUGGAUUAACCAUUGAAAAUCCUUUCAAAAACUUCUUCUUUCUUCUGCUGUUGCUUACUUCAUCGCCAUUAUCUAUCCCACCGAGUUUGAAAAGGUCCGAAAACAAUUGCCUUUUUGCCGUGCCCAUCCAUCCAACUUUUCUCGCUAUAUAUAGCUCCUCUGUUUUCUUCAUCCCAAAAAAAAAAACCAUCUCAAAAACCUCCCCUGUUUUCGUCUUCUUUCAAAAAUGGCGCCUUCCAAGCUUAUUACCAUGUUCAUCUCCACCGUCCUGCUGGUUCUCCUCCUCCGCCCUGCUGCAGCGCAAGCUCCAUCCGUUGUUAGAGGCGGUUACUGGUUCCCGGAAAGUGGGUUCGCCGCCUCUGCCAUCAACUCCAGGCUUUUCACUCACCUCUUCUGUGCGUUCGCCGCAGUUGACCAGGGGGGCUACAGGGUCACCGUCUCCUCCGCGAAUCAGCCUCAAUUUUCGAGCUUUACCCAGACGGUUCAGAAGCAGAACCCCUCGGUGAAAACCCUUUUGUCAAUUGCCGGCGGCAGCGCCAAUCUCGCGACUCUGGCUGCCAUGGCUAGCCAGCCGGGCAGAAGGAAGGCGUUCAUCGAUUCCUCCAUAAGCCUUGCCGUGGCGGCGGAGGCUAGGAGCUCCGGCAAGCAGACUCUGUUUCUCACCGCCGCCGUCCUCUACUUACCCUACUACUAUUCCACCGCCGUCCCGUACCCCGUCAGAACCAUAUCCAACUCCCUCGACUGGAUCAACCUGAUGGCCUACGACUUCUACGGCCCCGGCUGGUCGCCGACGACCACCGGACCGCCGGCGGCCCUGUACAACCCCGGCCGCCGGGAGAGCGGCGACAACGGGGUCAACUCCUGGACCCAAUCCGGACUUCCCGCCAAGAAAAUUGUCCUCGGAAUGCCGUUCUACGGGUGGUCAUGGCGGCUCGCCGACGCCGGGAAGAACGGACUUUUCUCGCCGGCGAAUGGGAAGGCGUUGGCCGGAGAAGGGUCGGCAGGGUAUAAUCAGAUUAAUUCGUUUAUUGCGCAGAACAGGGCGACCAAGGUGUUCAAUUCCACGGUCGUUUCGGAUUACUGUUACAGCGGGACGACUUGGAUUGGAUACGACGACGUACAGAGCGUUUCGACGAAGGUUGCUUAUGCCAAAAGGAAGGGCUUGCUUGGCUACUUCGCUUGGCAUGUUGGUGCUGAUGACAAUUGGGCUCUCUCUACCAGAGCAUCCCAGGCAUGGGGAGCUUGAGGAAAUGGCGGUUCAAGUGUUGGAGCAAAGGGAUCGAUGAAGUAAUAAUGCUAAAUACAAUAAUGUGAAGGCAUGUUUGUCAUAUGAUAUUUACUAAAUAAGUAGAAAUACUUAGAUUCUCAAUUCCUCACCAUGCAAGGGGAAGGGGGUAAAAUAGAGGAAACAAAGGAUGUAUUUGUUUUCACUUAAAAGAAACCUUAAUCUAAGAACUCUUACCAUUAACAUCUCUUACAUUGAUGAUUGAUCUUAUAGUUAGAGAAAAGUCUGAGUCGAUAAU